AUGCGGCUGUGUCUCAUCGUCCUGAUCUUCCUCGCGAGUACGGCACUCGCGAGGUACCACGAAAAGACGCGUUUCGAUCGAUCUAUACAUGAGUAUAACAUGAGAAACGUAGAAAACAAUAAUGAAGAGAAACAAUGGUCUUUUAAUGAUGAUAUAACGCAAUUCGUUGCAUACAAGAGCAGAGAGGAGAACGAUUGUUAUCUUGAAGAUGUAAGGCAGGGUCAUAAUAUGUCACGUAAGAAACGACAAUUCAAGAUACUUUAUGCAUCGGCAGUCCUCACAAAAUUAGAGGCAUGGCGACUUGCUGGAGGUCGAAUUGUUGAUUUCUGCAAUGGACGCAAUAUCCUUUUGUUACAAACAAUGAGACCUGUACCAGAGCAAUCUCUUGAUCUCUUUUUCAAUAAAAUUCCAGUAGACGAAAACAAUAUUUCGUCCAAACGCAUAGCUGAUAUGGUUUUAAUACCGUUGAAAGCUCGGACAAAGCGACAGAUACAACUCGAGCAACGAGAGAAGUUGAACAAAAAUGUUAAUCGAAUUCGGAAACGUCGGCAGACGAAUCAGUUUCGAGGAAAAUUUCGUGGACAGACGCAAUCUCAAUAUUUAAAUUUUGCGAACGAUGAAAAAAAAGAGGGUAAGGCCGAAGCUGAAGCCACUCAACAAACUUCACGCGCAGUAGUUAGUGGUAGUCGUGGAAUGGGUCAAGCGCAAAGCAUGUCAUCAGGUGGCACCGGUUGCGAAGAUUGUCCUGGAUAUCCUGGAUAUCUUGGAUAUCCUGGCAUCGAAAGGGCACCGGAUAAGGUACAAGUUCCACCUAUGGGUAUUGACGGAUAUGUGCAAGUUCCAGGUGUUGGUACACCUGGUAUUGCACAGCCAGGAGUCGUUACUGGUAUCCCAUCUUAUCCUGGCAGACAGAUAACAUAUCCAACUGGAGUAGUUCCUGGGGAAAUUAGCACUUAUCCUGGUAUUCGCCCUGGCAAACCAGAAACGUAUCCCGGAGGUGUCCGUCCUGGUAUUGUGACACCAGGAGUUGAGGGGACGUAUCCUGGAGGUGUCCGUCCUGGUAUUGUGACACCAGGAGUUGACGGGACGUAUCCUGGAGGUGUCCGUCCUGGUAUUGUGACACCAGGAGUUGACGGGACGUAUCCUGGAGGUGUCCGUCCUGGUAUCGUGACACCAGGAACUGACAGGAUAUAUCCUGGUGGUGUUCAACCACCUGGAACUAUGAUACCAGGAGGCGAUAGAACAUACCCACCUGGGAUUUUAAUCACAGGAGAUCGUGGACUAUAUCCUGGAGAAGUUUUACCUGGUGUUACAGUAGGAGUUGGAACGUAUCCAGGAGGUAUUCAACCUGGAGUUCAACCAGGACAAAGUAUAUAUCCUCCUGGUAUUGUAACCACUUCAGUAACAACAGGUGCCACUGCUGUUACUGGUGUUGGAACUUAUCCAAUUAGUACUCCACCUGGAACAGGGUUACCAAGUGGAACAUAUCCAGGCACAGGAGUUCCUAGCGCAAGAGUUCCUAGCACAGUAGUUCCUGGCACAGGAGUUCCUGGUACUGGAGUUCCUAGUACUAGAAUUCCUGGUAUUGAAAUUCCUGGAACUGGAAUUUCUGGAACUGGAGUUCCUGGCACUGGAGUUCCUGGCACUGGAGUUCCUGGCACUGGAGUUUCUGGUACUGGAAUUCCUGGUACUGGAGUCUAUCCUGGUAUUCGACCUGAAGCUAUCCCAGGGACAAGUGUCGGGACAUAUCCCGGUAGUGUUGUGCCAGGAACAGUAACUCAAGGAAUUUAUCCUGGACAGCAGACUGUCGUGUACCGCCAUGAAGGUGUUCCAUCAGGCACUUUACCAAGCGGAGGUCAAGUGCCUAGUACGAUUACGACUACAACAUCUGGUACUGGUACACAAGUAAUAACUUAUCCAGGUGGUCGACCGACGAACGGUCAAACGGUUUACCCAGGUCCUAGUGAUACUAUUCAACAUGGAAGAAUUCCUGAAGGAACAGGUACUCAAGUUGUAUAUCCAGGUGUUACAUAUCCUGGUACUAUUCCAGGUACAUAUCCUGGCGGUGCACAACAAAUUCCUUCUGCCGGUGGUACUUUAUAUCCUAGCCAAGCAAUCUACCCAGGUGGCCAAGUGCCAACCGCUUACCCAAGCGGACAGUACCCAGGCACAGGUAUUGCAAUUCCAGGAACAGGAAUUCAAUAUCCAACAGGCAUAACAGGAGGAACUGAUGGGACGAGACGGUAUUUAACUCAAUUUCCAGGUGGAAUUAGUCUUCAAGAAGGCAGCAUUCGGAAGUUGGAAGAGUUUUAUCCGGGAAUGGUUGGACCUGCAGGUAUAGAAGAAUCUAGGGGUUUAACUGGACCGGCAGGUCCAGCAGGUAUGGUGGACGACGGUACCGAAUCACAGGCGUCGAGUUCCGUGCAGCAGGUGGAUUUAGGUACUCAGGCGAGCGCUUCGGCUCAGGGUAAAUACAGAUCAGGUACAGCUCAGUCGCAAGUGAUGGGCACCUAUAGCGAUUCCGGCACCUUCUCAGCUCAAGCUGGUACCAGUGACGCCAACAAAAGCGCUCAGACUGAGAUCAGUGGCGGUAAAGAAGGAGCUACUAGCAAUGCGCAAGGCGUUGCCGGUUAUGGAAAGAGUCAAGCACAGGUUCAACUAGAUUCCGACUCCGGAGCUACCUCGACAGGUGCUCAGAGUAGUGGAUGGAAUCAUGGUACCAAUUCACAAGUGCAAGCAAGCUCCAAGGGUGGAAUGGCGGAUGCUCAGGCUAACGGCGAGGGUAGUACUUCCAGCCAGGCGCAGAUUGGAUUUCAGCCAUACUUGAAAAGCGAAGAUGAAAACGUGGAAAAGCACGAGUCGCCUUUUCGCGGUAGUGGAACAGCAUCGGCUCAAAGUGGCACUCAUCGAGGUCAGUCCCAAUCACAGCUGCAAGGUUCUUUUCAAUACGGGAUCACGUAUACCGGCGCAGCGCAAGCCGGUUCUGGAUCUGGUGCCGCAUCCUCGCGGAAGCCCUUCAACUUCACUGAUUCCGAACUUUUCAAGCCCUUCAAACCGGCUCCUUCUCCGAAGCGACCAACGAAUAUUAACAGUGUACAGUCGAGUCCGUCAAUAAAUUCAAAUAAUAACAGACAGGAUGAAAACAAGCAAAAUCGCGAACAAGGCUUGCAAAACAGCUCGACUUCAAGACAGACUGUCGUCCUGGCUUCUAAAAAUAACCUGGACAAUACUGAUAAAAAAAAGAUGCUCUCUACCGAAAAACCGCGAACGGAUGAGACAGCGUAUGACGAAUACGACGAUGACUACACAGACGAGGAUGAUUAUCCUACGGGUUCAAAAUUGACAAUCAAAGAGAAGUUUUCGGAAACUUUUCCAGGCACAAACCCAAGUCAUCAAAAACUUAACAAAAGCAUUCAGCAACAAAGUCGCAGUCAGUCGCAGACUAUACAAGUCGCUAAAGAAAAUCAAUAUAACAUUCACGUUAAACAAGAUUCAAAUAUACCGCGAACGGAUGAUACUCUACAACCGGGACAAUCCGUAUCAGGAUACACCAUCCCACCUGGAUUCCGCGGUCGAGUAAUGUCGGCUUCUGGCACCGAGACUGUUGCUCAGGGCGACGGUAAAUCUCAAUCGCAGACUGUAUCUUUAGUACCUAAGGAUUUGAAUAAUACCAAAUCAUCGCUCGUCACAGAAACCAGAUCACUUCGAACUAAUCACAAUCGUUACAUUGACCGGCCUAUGUGGAAAAAUCAAGAGCCUUCCGUUAAUCAAAAUAUAUCUUUCGACAAACGUGCAAAACCUACUCCGGCAGUAGCGGCGAAGCCGAGUUAUUACACCGUGACCAACAGUUUUGCCGGCAAAAUGAACGGUAGCAACGAACCGAGAAAGUACGAGCAUCGAUAUUACACUAAGAGUUCCACUUGCGGAUACUUCACGUUUUCCUGUAAUGUCGUGUACGGUUCCAACGGCAGGACAAAGAUCUGCAAACCAAAAGUGCCAACAUAUCCCGAUGGUACGCCUAUAAGAUGUUGAAUCUCAUCAAAAAAUAUAUAGGAUGCA